AUAAACCCCACAGAAGAAGAAGAAGAAGAAGAAGAAGAAGAAGAAGGACGGAACAACAAGAAGGUUAAGACAGUGUUAAUUGUAUGCGUCAUCUCCUGGUUCAAGAUGUCUUCCAAUGGACUUUUAACCAUGCGUGCUGAGAUCUGCAGACGCUUGGCUCACAAGUACCUCUCAAGAACCUACACAUCUCGCCCUUCACUGAAUGAGGUUGUCAUUGUCAGCGCAGUCCGUACUCCAAUGGGCUCCUUCAGAGGCAGCCUGGCAUCAAUACCAGCCACCAGACUGGGCUCCAUUGCCAUUAAAGGAGCCAUAGACAAAGCAGGGAUCGCUCCUGAAGAGGUGAAGGAAGUCUACAUGGGCAACGUACUUCAGGCAGGAGAAGGACAGGCCCCCACGAGACAAGCCUUGCUUGGAGCAGGCUUGACCCUCGGCACUCCAGCAACAACCAUCAACAAAGUCUGCGCCUCUGGGAUGAAGUCCAUCAUGAUGGCAGCUCAGAGUCUGAUGUGUGGACACCAGGAUGUGAUGGUGGCUGGCGGCAUGGAGAGCAUGUCCAAUGUUCCUUAUGUAAUGUCCAGAGAGACCCCAGCCUAUGGAGGAGUGAGGAUGGAAGACCUUAUUGUCAAGGAUGGACUCACUGAUGUCUAUAAUAAAUUCCACAUGGGCAACUGUGCAGAAAACACGGCCAAGAACAGCAACAUCACCAGAGAGGAGCAGGACACCUACGCAAUUGGUUCAUACAGCCGCAGCAAAGCAGCAUAUGAGUCUGGCGUGCUCGCAAAGGAGAUCGUACCAGUUAGCAUUCCCCAGAAAGGCAAACCUGAUGCGGUCGUGUCCGAGGAUGAGGAGUGGAGGCGGGUUGACUUCAGCAAAGUUCCCAAACUGAAAGCAGUGUUCCAAAAAGAGAAUGGUACGGUGACAGCAGCCAAUGCCAGCACACUGAACGAUGGAGCAGCUGCUCUCGUUUUAAUGACAGCAGAGGCCGCAAAGAGACUCAGCAUCACUCCACUGGCCAGAAUUGUCUCUUUUGCUGAUGCUGCCGUUGCACCCAUUGACUUCCCCAUUGCUCCUGCGCUUGCUAUACCAAAGGUUCUGGAUGCAGCUGGGCUGAAGAAGGAUGACAUCACCAUGUGGGAGAUCAAUGAGGCCUUCAGUGUGGUGGUGCUAGCUAACAUCAAGAUGUUGGACAUCGACCCUGCAAAAGUCAACGUCAAUGGGGGAGCUGUGUCACUGGGACACCCCAUUGGGAUGUCUGGGGCGAGAAUCGUGGGUCACAUGGUUCACAACCUGAAGUCAGGCCAAUAUGGGCUGGCAGGCAUCUGCAAUGGAGGUGGUGGAGCUUCUUCUAUUCUGAUCCAGAAAUUAUAGGACAAAUUUAUAUAUCAAGAAUCUUCUCUCUCCUUGAUACACUCUGUGUUAGACUUUGUGUUCACUACCAGUUGACUCCAAAUGGUUGAUGUUAAUGUAAAUUCCCUUUCACUGUCAAUAAUUCUUCUUCUUUUACAACUUUAAUGCUAGUGGCCUUACUCAAACAGCAAAAUAGGACUGCACAAACAUGACAUCAUGAAUCAAGUGUUUAAAACACUCCUUUGUUUGAUAAAACAUACUGUGCAAAACAAAGAUCAGUAUUUAACUGUAAAAUGAAAGCAAAAUAAAUAGUUUUUGGAA